UCGCAUUCAGGCAAGUGUCGUAUCGACGAUAACAAUAGAGCAAUAUCUGGACCAUGUAUACAGCGUGCUCCCAGUAGUCUUGAUCUCCUCUAUCUACCGCAAUUACCUAAAAAAAAUACGCGUCACGUGGUGCUCAAUUGUUCGAAAGUGAUCCCGCCUCGUGCAAUAAACAGUUGUAAUGUAAUGUAAUAAAGCGUCGGAGGAAGUCGAACAUCUCGGUGGUGGUACCUGAGGUGGUUGGGGGUGCUUGUGAUACGACGGGAUACAGGGGGUGACUGCGGAGCCAAUCAGUUCUGUUUUCGUCGUAGGAUGAGUCGGAGAUAAGAGUUUGCGUUCGUGUUGUGACAGUUUCGAUUGCGGAUGUAUUUUUCUUGAUAACGAUGGAUAAGGCCGCCAACGAGAUCACGUGGAACGAUGGUGAUGUUACAACGAGAUCCCCAGAUGUCAUCGGAGAAGGUGGUCAGCUCACUUUGGCUUUAUUCCUCAUAGUUGCAGUGGUGGCGAUCACACUUUUAUUCGCCCUAGGAAUAUUCAUCGACUGCAGACACCAGAAAAUCGAUGACGAAGAGGCCCAACGCAAAAAAGAUCUACGCAAAAUGAGAUUAAAGAUCCCUAAGAUGAACAAAAAAGCACCCAAGAGAGAUGACAAAGACUGCAUUGUAGAAAAUAUGGAAGAGAAUGAAGAAGCAUCUACCUCGAACUCAAUAGUAUGAUAUCUUUACAGAAACGUUUAAAAUGUUAUUUUAUAUAUUAAUCCCUAUUAUGUAAAUAAAUGAGAAAUAUUAUUUAUGUAUGUAUAUAUACUCUAACUUUUCUGUUGAAUGAAAAUAAAAAAUAAUCAGCUCAA